CUAGUACGAGUAUGUCCAACAUGCCCAAGAUUCAUUCACUCCCUGACCCAUCGGCCCAUCCGGGUCGCUUUCCCCGUCAUCUUUUGCUUUAAAUCCCCCUCAAUUCCCUCUUCUCUUCUCUGCGCGAUGUCUGGUCUAUCUAUCUUUAAUCUUCUUCCCCUAAGUCGCCUCAAUUCUCCUAGUUUCACCUUCGUGCAGCCGAUCGACCUUGGCAUUCCCACACUUGGACACGAGGGUGGAUCGUCCAUCGCAGCCAAAUCUCCGAUCGCAGGAACUUUGUCUGUCUAGGCUUGGUCUUUAAAUUCUCAUUCUCCGCGUCGCUGCGUUUCUCCUUUUCCUCUGCUCUGCUCUUGCAGUACUGUCGGAUACGAUCUCCGCACGGGUUCACUGCUCUCUCUUGUGACGGCCUGCCGGCGCAGCAAGAUGCAGCUCAAGUCGCUGGUAAACUUAUUGUCUCUGGGAUUGGCUCUCCCUGCUGCUGUCGAGGGAGGCCCCCAUCGACAGGCUCGUGUUGCCUCCGCCCUUCAUCGUUACGGUGGCCGUGAUUUUGUCCAGCCAUCGAGCAACAAUGCUUCCGGUGUUUACCCAACCCGGUUCGCGGGUGUCACCUGGGACGAUGACAAUUGGCGUCUCACGACUACUACCGUCGACCAGGGUCACUUCCAAUCUCGGGGCUCGAUCGCCAAUGGUUACAUAGGCAUCAAUGUCGCCAAUGUCGGCCCUUUCUUCGAGAUGGACUCGGAGGAGAACGGUGAUGUGAUCAGCGGAUGGCCACUCUACUCCCGUCGCCAGUCCUUUGCGACCAUUGCCGGCUUUUGGGACCGUCAGCCAUUGACAAAUAAGUCCAAUUUUCCCUGGUUGUCUCAGUAUGGCAGCGAUAGUGUUAUCAGCGGCGUUCCACACUGGAGUGGCUUGAUCCUCGACCUGGGUGACGACACUUACCUUGAUGCAGGAGUCGACAAUCAGACCAUCACUGACUUUCAAUCAACCUUCGAUUACAAGGCUGGUGUGUUGUCCUGGUCCUAUACCUGGACCCCUGCCGGCGACAAAGGAUCUUAUGCUAUCACUUAUCGACUCUUCGCGCACAAGCUGAGUGUCAACCAGGCUGUGGUAGACUUGGAAAUUGUACCUUCGACCGAUGGCAACGCAACGGUUGUCAACGUGUUGGAUGGAUAUUCGGCUGUCCGCACCGACUUUGUCGAGUCGGGAGAGGACGAAGGGGCCAUCUUUUCUGCUGUGCGGCCAUGGGGUGUGAGCAACGUCACUGCAUACAUCUAUGCCACUCUAGAUGCCUCAGACAAUGUUGAUCUGUCUUCUCGAACGCUCGUCACCAAUAAGCCCUACGUACACACGAAUGACUCCUCUAUUGCUCAGGCAGUCAACGUUCGUUUCACUGCCAAUGAGGCCGUCCGCGUCACCAAGUUCGUUGGCGCAGCUUCCACAGACUAUUUCCUGGUGACCCGCGAAACCGCCAAGCUUGCUGCUCAAGCCGGGCUGGCUCUGGGUUACUCCCGCUCGCUGCAAUCGCACGUCGCAGAAUGGGCGGAGAUUCUGCAUGAGAGUGCUGUCGAUCGUUUCAAUGACCCUAUCACUGGCAAGCUACCUGCGGACCGCCACAUUAUUGACUCGGCCAUUAUUGCCGUUACCAACACGUAUUACCUGCUGCAGAACACUGCAGGUCCUAACACACUUGCAACCACAGGUGGAAUGCCUGUCAACAUUGACAGUUGCGCUGUCGGUGGUCUGACCUCGGAUUCUUAUGCUGGCCAGAUCUUUUGGGAUGCGGAUCUGUGGAUGCAACCUGGACUGGUGGCGUCGCAUCCUGAGUCGGCACAACGCUACACCAACUACCGCAUUGCCUUGCACUAUCAAGCCGAGGCCAAUGUCAAGACUGCGUUUGCAGGUUCACAGAACCAGACUUCCUUCAGUUCUUCUGCCGCAAUCUAUCCGUGGACGAGCGGUCGAUUCGGAAAUUGCACUGCUACGGGGCCGUGCUGGGAUUACCAGUACCAUCUGAAUGGCGACAUUGGUCUUGCAAUGAUCAAUCAAUGGGUAACUAGUGGUGACACGGAAUGGUUUCGCAAUUAUCUUUUCCCGAUCUACGAUUCGGUAGCCACGCUCUACGGAGACCUUGUUCAGCGAAACGGGUCAGCGUUCACAUUGACUAAUAUGACCGAUCCGGACGAGUACGCGAACUCAAUCGAUGCCGGUGGUUAUACCAUGCCACUUAUUGCUGAGACCCUGAAGUAUGCCAACCAGUUUCGCAAGCAAUUUGGGCUGGAGGCGAACGAGACCUGGGAUGAGAUUGCGGAGAACGUUUUGAUACUACGCGAGAAUGGUGUAACCUUGGAGUACACUUCGAUGAAUGGAUCGGCCGUUGUAAAGCAGGCUGAUAUUGUACUCAACACGUUUCCCUUGGCCUACGAGUCUGACAAUUAUACCACCGAGAAUUCGCUGACGGACCUCGACUACUAUGCAAACAAGCAAUCCGCCGAUGGCCCAGCCAUGACUUAUGCUAUCUUCUCUAUUGCUGCCAGCGAUGUUUCUCCGUCUGGCUGCUCUGCCUACACCUACCAUCAAUAUUCCUAUGCGCCCUACUCACGAGGCCCUUGGUAUCAGCUCUCUGAGCAGAUGAUCGACGAUGCCAGUAUUAAUGGUGGCACUCAUCCGGCGUUUCCCUUCCUGACUGGACACGGUGGUGCCAACCAGGUUGUUCUAUUUGGCUAUCUGGGGCUGCGUCUGUUGCCGGAUGAUAUCCUCCACGUGGAUCCCAACCCUCCACCCCAGAUCCCGCACAUCACCUACCGGACAUUCUACUGGCGCGGUUGGCCGAUUUCCACCUGGUCAAACUACACCCACACCACUCUGCAGCGCUCCUCUUCUGUGGCACCUCUAGCUUCAGCCGAUGUUCGCUUCAACAGCACCGGUAUCACCGUCCAGGUCGGCCUGUCUACGAGCGACACCACGGCUAGCUACACUCUUCCUCUUUUCGGGUCUUUGACAAUCCCUAACCGUCAGAUUGGGUCCAUCAACACCACUCCGGGCAACCAGGUUCAGUGCCAUCCGGUCUACUCGCCUGAUGCUUAUGAGCCUGGUCAGUUCCCUAUUUCCGCCGUUGAUGGUGCCACCUCGACUCGCUGGCAACCUUCUUCUGGAAAUCUGUCUUCGAUCACCGUGACCCUUUCUACAGUCAACGCGCAAUCCGCCGACAGUGUAACUGGUUUCUACUUUGACUGGUACCAGUCUCCCCCCAAGAAUCUAAGCAUCAUUUUCCACGAUGCGCCCAUCACGCGGCCUGCACAGUUCUUCGCUGCUUCCGGCAACUCCACCUCUUCUUACCGUCUCAUUGCCCAGCUGUCCGAUGUGACCCAGUCGAGUCCCUAUAACAGCGCCGCUAUCGAAAAGGCCAACACUGUCUCUAUCCCUAGUGGCAACACCACAACUAUCACUCUAAGUGGGCCUGUUCGCAGUGCACGAUUCGCCACCCUGUUGAUAGCAGGUAACCAGGCAAGCGCGAACACAACUAAGGGUGCAACCGUGGCCGAGUGGGUGAUCUUGAACGGCAACUCUACUACCGAGGCGAGCACCACGAGCAAGCGGUCGCUGACAGCACGCGACAGGGCCACGUUAGCCCGCUUCUAGUUGUCGAGGCACCCUAGGGCCCUGGAGCUAAUGUGUCUUUAUGGUGGUCAGUCUGGCCGGCAUCGGAGCUAGACGAGCUAUGCUACGUACAUGACGGGUUGGUUUCUUGUGUAUCUAGUAUCCUUUUCGCCGUCUAAUUUCUUCCUCCUGCUCAUGUCCCUUCUAUCGUUAUGUGCUCGGCUAAAUGCCGGGCACGCAAACGACGUACAUACAGACAUACAUAACCUCAUUGCAAUUAAUCAUAAUAUUCAGC